UGAUUUGCUCUCUCAGCAUCUCUGAGGAAUCAACAUGAUCAGACCCCUCAGUGCUUUCACCAUCAUACUGUACAGCCUCACAGGAUUCGCGUUGGGUAACAGCGUGCACCAGUCUCCCUCCGCCCUGCUGGGAGCCCCCGGAAAGUCUGUGCAACUGAGCUGCAGCCACGGCAUACAGAGCUACGACACAAUCCUCUGGUACCAGCAGCCCCGGCGCGGGAAUGGCAUGACGCUCAUCGGACGCGUUUCUUAUGAGAACGUAGUGACGGAGGGCGAGGAGAGAUUCAGAGUGAGCGGAGACGGGGAAAGUCAGGCGUUCCUGCACAUCGACAAACUGGCGCCGACAGACAGCGCUGCGUAUCUGUGUGCCGCGUGGAUUAACUCGGCACAGGCUUACUUUGGGAAUGGAACCAAACUCACAGUAUUGGACUCAAAGGUCACGCCGCCCAAGGUGAAGGUGCUGCCGCCCUCCAGUCAGGAAAACUGCGACGAGAGGAGAAGCAGAGAUAAGACCCCGAAAGUGACCCUGCUGUGCGUGGCCACGGGCUUCUACCCCGACCACAUCAGCGUGUCCUGGCAGCUGAACAGACGGGACAUCAGCAGGGGGGUCAGGACGGACGACGUCGCGACCCGCGACUCUGACGGCAGGUUCUACAGCAUCACCAGCAGACUGCGGGUCCGGUCCAACAAGUGGUUCAACACCAGGAACGUCUUCACCUGCACGACCAGCUUCUUCGAUGGCAACCAUACCCUGGAGAACGCGGACUCCAUUAGCGGAGCUAAAGGUGGUGGUUUGGAUCGAGACUACAACCUGAAGGCUGGCCAGACGGCGAAGCUGUCCUACAGCCUCUUCCUUGCCAAGAGCUUCCUGUACGGACUCUUCAUCAGCGUCGUGGUCUGGAAGAUACGGAGCUCAGCGGGGAAGCGCUAUGACUGAGCGGAGUGGGUGAUAAGGUGAACCAUUGCUGGAGACCGGGCACAUUUGGAGCUGGAGUUCCUCACCUGCGUCCUCCGCUUAUUAAUAAACUGUACAUAUAACAGAUCUUUCCCCUGGGGGACUUCCCUUAAAGCUUGUUCUAUUACCUUGUAUUAUUUCUACUUCAGAUCAUUCUACCAGUCUAUCUCUUUCAAUGCCUUUGGUUUAGUUAUAAUGUGUUUUGCAAAAUUACGUUUUUUUUAAUUAUUUUUUUAUAUGGCGCUUUUCCUCAUAUAACCUCCAUUUCAUAUGUAACUCAAAGCAAACCAUUGUUCAAUGGUUGCUAAGUAUUAAUUAGUAAAUGAAUAUUCAUGCUUAAUGUCUAUUAAAAUUCUUAUUUGGCAAACAUAA